AUGGCUGGCCGUGCGCUGUUGGUGUGCGCCCUCUGCGUGCUGUGCUGCGCCGCCGGCGGGGGCUGGGCGGCGGAGGGGGACUACUGCACGGAGCGCGACUGGAGGGACUUGCGGGCGGUCGCGAAGGACAUGAGCGACGCGGAAAUUGUGGCGAAGUACUGCGGCCGCAAGCCGGAGUUUGUGCGUGGGCUGCGGGCGAGUCUGCAGGGCGAUGAGGCGGAGGGGGAAGGGCCUGGCCACGGCGGAGGGAGCGGCGAUGCCGAAAGAAAAGUCCCGCGAGCCUCAGGGGAAAGCGCCGAAGGUGCAUCAGAGAAAAAGCCUGAAGGUUCCGGGGAAGUGGGAGGUCCAAAGGGACCAGACGCACCACGAGGAGUAUCUCCAGCGGCAGACACGACAACAGAGCCCUCACAGCCACAAGCAGGGAAGCCUAAAAAUGAGGUGGACGCCGGCGUUGACUCGGUCGGCAAAGAACCCACGGUCCCAGCGGGUGUCACAAACAGUACGUCAGCUGGAAGCGAACCGGAAACAGCUCUACCGACCGCCUCCCAAACUCCCGAUGGUGCUGCCAGCAGUCAGGCGCAAGAAGCCAAUGGAAAGGGUGGCAACAGCACUCCAGGGGCCGGUGCCGCAGUGUCAUCGGCACAUACGACAAGGCAAACAGAGCCGGCGUCGACACCACCAAAGCCGCCAACGCCAACUGAAGGGCCAGGGGGAGCAGGGAAGGAGAUGACAUUGGAGACAGCUCCUUCGAAUGAAAAUGGUACCGAGGACAGUGUGCCCAGUGAUGGCAAUAACGUCGUUGAAGAGGAACAUAAGACAAAAAAAGUUAUGCCGGCCCCAGCUGACACAAGUAAUACACCGGAUGGAAGGGCGGUGGAUGCAGCUCAACCCACUGCCCCUUCGGGCGGCGGUGGGACUUCAGGCGGACAGGCUGGAACGAAGGCUGAGGCGAUUGCCGAGGAUUCUGCAGGGCCUGUUGUCGCGGCGGCCCCAGGAGCCCAACAGCAAGGUGUAGCUGCCGCUGGUACACCGACGAGCAGCGAGAAGGAGCCGCUGCCAACAGCAGAGGGCACCGCCACUGAGGCCAGUCACCCAGCGACGACGACUGGCGGUGGCAGCGGCAGCAGCCCCGCGGUGCAGCCGCAGCCGGGGAGCUCCGUGGCGACAAACGAAGCUGGUCAGCGAGAACAGAAGCAGCCCGCAGCUACCGCACCCAAGCAGGAACCCGAAACGAGUGGUGAGAGAGGGGAGGCCGCCCAGUCGGCAGCGGGGGCGGCUGCUCAAGCGGCGACCACCACCACCAAUUUGACGAGUGCAGCGAAGGCGGCGCCCGGCGACAGCGACGGCAGCAGCACCGCGGCCGCGCACUCCGCCUCCCCACUUGCGCUGCUUCUUCUGCUUGCGUGUGCGGCUGCCGCUGCGGUGCUGGCCGCGUGA